AUGAGUAUCAAUGAUGUAAACUCUCCACAGUCUACAUUAGAAUCACCUAGUGGCAAUCUAUUAGCAAAAGAUAAUGAUGCAACGUCGAAAGAGCGACGUUCUCCUUCUCCUCCCUAUUCGAUCCCAAUGAAAUCCAACGACCAGAAUCCACACACACCCAAUGAUAGUCCUCGAAGUUCUGAUAAAAGUGAAUCAACACCAGUACAACGUCGACAACGAAUAUCAACCCUAUUGAUUAUUGGUGCUGUUGCUUUUUUAACCGGUGUUGAUUAUGCUAUCAUUUUGCCAACAGCUUGGGGUUAUCUUAAAACAUUUACGGAUCUGCACGCUGUAGGAAUUGUCAUGGGUGCGCUGCUAUCGGGUUUCGCACUUUCAGGUGCUAUUGCUGGUUUAGUAUUUGGACAUUUAAGUGACAUUGGUUUUUCGAUGAAAAAACUUGUUUUAAUCGGUGUUGGAUUUAAAAUCAUUGGAAAUGUACUCUAUUUCAUUGGCAUCAGUUUUUAUCUUGUUAUUAUAGGUCGAGUGGUUGCCGGUAUAGGACUUGGUCUAGUGCCACCAAUAUUAGCCGAAAUCUCAAGAAGAUCAACGCCAGAAACACGAACACAACUUCUAGCGAAAAUACUAGCUUGUCGUCAAAUCGGUCUUUUUAUUGGUCCAUGUUUUACGAUUGCUUUUAAAUUCAUGAGCUUUGACUUUGCUGGUAUUAGUAUAACAGUACAUAAUGCUCCGGGUCUUUUUAUGGCAAUUCUAUGGAUAGCCGUAUGGGUUAAUGCAGUAUUUUUCUUUUUUGACGUAGCAAAACCGGCAAGUGAACAAAAAACACUAUCAGAUGGAUGGAAUAGGAAAGCAUUGAGUUAUGCAUGGAAUACUGCUACUGUUACAUGUAGAAAACCUGUAGUUAUAGUUCUUCUAAUAACUUGUUUUAUUGCCUACUUUAAUCAAACAGCACUUGAAACAACCAUCACACCGUUCUCAAAUAUUCAAUUCGGAUGGAGAGAUUUAGAAGUAUCAAUCGUAUUCGCUAUAGCCGGUAUUGAAAUAACACUUGUUUAUAUUGCCUUACACUUUAUAACGAAAAAAAUUAAUGAUCAAACAAUUCUAUUGUUCGCCUAUACUCUUCUUAGUAUAGCUUGUUUGAUUGGUGUUCUUGUCUUACCAUUCGCUAAAGUUGGCUCAACAAAAUACUUACCUGUAUUUCUUUUAUUUGUUGGUUUUGAUAUUCUGGCAUUGCCGCUUAUUGCUGUAACAAGUACAAGUUUAUUUAUGCAACAAAUGAGCUAUGAUCAACAAGGCGUUGGUCAAGGUAUACAGCGUAUUUUUGUCAAUGGAGCGGCCGUUAUUGGUCCGUUAUUUGCUGGAGCCUUGUUAAGAGUAACAUGGAUAAUGAUUUCGAUAUUGUUCAUCCUUGGUUUAUUGGCUACAUUUUUAAUUAUACUAAUUUAUCCAUCAUUUUCACCGCCGGACGACGAUGACGAAUCAUCAGCAUUAUUACCAACAGAGAAUAAAAAAUAA